AUGGCGAAUGGUAAGGCACAAGAGACUACUCUUGAUGUGGAUGGUGAACUCAGUGUUAAGGGGAGAAUUUGUGCUCCUCGAGUUGAUGACUUGAUUAAAAAAUUAUUACCAAAAUCUCAUGUUAGUCAUGAGUCGUACAGAGCCGAGAUUCAGGUACCCCGAAUCAGCAACCUGCUCGUCGGGAUCCAGCUGAGCACUCCAGAGUCAGUGUUUUGUCUUAUUAGGAUGUUGCGGGGUCUGUCCCCACAUCCAUCUCAGUAUUUUAGAGGCUUCAUAGACAGACAAGUUGGCAGAGGGCGUCUUCCUAGACGUUAUGUUGAUGAGCAUGAGUUACCUGAUGCACCUAGAGUGCAAGAUCAAGGGGAAGUUUCUAAUGCCGAGUUCAGAGAGGCAAUUAGAAUGUUGAGUCAAGCUGUAGCUAAUCAGAUUGGUCAGCAAAGGGGAGCUCGACAGGAAGGAGCUGACACUUCUAGGAUUCGUGAGUUCUUGGGAAUGAAUCCUCCGAGUUUCAUGGGUUCGAGCACUACUGAGGAUCCAGAGGAUUUCAUUGAGGAGUUAAAGAAGAUUUUUGAUGUGAUGCAUGUGUCAGAUACUGAGCGGGUUGAACUAGCUGCGUAUCAAUUGAAGGAUGUAGCUAGAACUUGGUUCGACCAAUGGAAAUGGGGCAGAGUUGAGGAUGCACCACCUGCGAGUUGGGCCUGUUUUGAAGAAGCUUUCUUGGGUCUGAAAUUCACCCAACUUUCCCGCUAUGCUCCGGAGAUGGUUGCGGACAUGAGGAAUAGAACGAGCUUGUUUGUUGCUGGGCUGUCUCGGUUGUCGAGUAAGGAAGGUAGGGCUGCAAUGCUUAUCGGGGACAUGGACAUAUCCAGAUUAAUGGUCUAUGUACAGCAGGUUGAGGAAGAAAAGCUGAGGGACAGAGAAGAGUUCAGAAAUAAGAGAGCUAAGAUCGGGAACGAGUCCGGGCAGCAGAGAGGUAAUUCAAACCGUUCCUCCUUUCAGCAAAGGCAGAAGGGACCUGCUACAUCAUCUGCUAGGGCGCCAGCACCCCGAUACAGAGGGGAACUUAAUGGCCGGAAUUCGAAGGACUUCAAGGUUACACCAGCACAGUCUUCAGGUAGUGUGGCACGCGGAGGUAAUUCGUUUCCUGCAUGUGCAAAAUGUGGUAGAGUUCAUCCAGGGAAGUGUCGUCAAGGCCAGACAGGUUGCUUUAGGUGUGGGCAAGAGGGUCACUUCAUGAAGGAGUGCCCUAAGAAUAAGCAAAGUAAUGAAAAUUUGGGCAGCAGGGCCCAAUCUUCCCCAGCUGCUCCCCCAGACAGGAUGGCAUCUAGAGGAGCUACCUCUAACGGUGGAGUAGCAAACCGUCUUUAUGCAAUCACCAGUCGCCAUGAGCAAGAGACUUCUCCAAAUGUUGUCACUGGUAUGAUUAAAGUCUUUGCUUUUAAUGUGUAUGCUUUGCUAGACCCAGGAGCAAGUUUAUCGUUUGUAACUCCUUAUGUUGCAAAACAGUUUGAGGUUCUUCCUGAAAGACUUUGUGAACCCUUUGGUGUUUCUACACCUAUUGGGGAAUCUAUUCUAGCAGAAAGAGUCUAUCGUGAUUGUCCUGUUUCCAUCAGUCACAAGAACACCAAGGCCGAUUUGGUUGAGUUAGACAUGGUAGAUUUUGAUGUCAUUCUAGGUAUGGAUUGGCUUCAUGCCUGUUAUGCAUCAUUUGACUGUAGAACUCGAACCGUCAAGUUUCAAUUUCCAAAUGAGCCAGUCAUAGAGUGGAGUGGCAAUUCAUCAGUGCCUAAGGGUCGUUUUAUUUCGUACCUUAAGGCAAGAAAGUUAGUUUCGAAGGGUUGUAUCUAUCACUUAGUCCGAGUUCAUGACUCUAGUGUUGAGAUACCUCAUUUCCAGUCGGUUCCUAUAGUAAGAGAGUUUCCAGAAGUUUUUCCUGAUGAUCUACCCGGAAUUCCUCCUGAGAGAGAAAUAGAUUUCGGCAUAGAUCUUAUUCCAGAUACUCGUCCUAUCUCUAUUCCGCCAUAUAGAAUGGCACCAGCAGAGUUGAAAGAGUUGAAAGAGCAGUUGAAAGAUCUCCUAGAUAAGGAUUACCGCCAGUUGAAUAAGGUUACCAUCAAGAACAAGUACCCUCUUCCGAGGAUUGAUGAUCUUUUCGAUCAGCUUCAGGGUGCCACUUGUUUUUCAAAGAUCGACCUCCGAUCAGGCUAUCAUCAGUUAAGGGUAAGGGAAUGUGAUAUCCCAAAGACAGCUUUUAGAACCAGGUAUGGUCAUUAUGAGUUUUUGGUCAUGUCCUUUGGUUUGACUAAUGCACCGGCAGCUUUCAUGGAUUUGAUGAAUAGAGUCUUCGAACCUUAUUUAGACAUGUUUGUUAUUGUCUUUAUUGAUGAUAUACUAGUCUAUUCAAGGAAUGAAGAAGAUCAUGCUAGUCAUCUCAGAACAGUUCUUCAGACUUUGAAAGACAAGGAGUUGUAUGCCAAGUUCUCUAAGUGUGAGUUUUGGCUUAAAUCUGUGGCGUUCCUAGGCCACAUGGUGUCCGGUGAUGGAAUUAAAGUUGAUACUCGGAAAAUUGAGGCAGUGCAGAAUUGGCCUAGACCCACAUCUCCAACUGAAAUUAGGAGUUUCUUGGGAUUAGCUGGCUAUUAUAGAAGGUUUGUUGAAAGGUUCUCGACUAUUGCAUCUCCUUUGACCAAGUUGACUCAAAAGGCAGUGAAAUUCCAAUGGUCUGAAGCUUGUGAGAAAAGCUUUCAGGAUUUGAAAAAGAGGUUGAUUACUGCUCCAGUUUUGACACUACCAGAAGGUACUCAAGGUUUUGUGGUGUAUUGUGAUGCAUCUAGAGUUGGUUUGGGUUGUGUCUUAAUGCAGAAUGGCAAAGUUAUAGCUUAUGCCUCCAGACAGUUGAAGGUUCAUGAGAAGAACUACCCAACCCAUGACUUAGAGCUAGCUGCUGUAGUAUUUGCUUUGAAGAUAUGGCGUCAUUACUUGUAUGGUGUACAUGUCGACAUAUUCACUGAUCACAAGAGCCUUCAAUAUGUGCUUACUCAGAAAGAGCUUAAUCUCAGACAGAGGAGGUGGUUAGAGUUACUCAAGGAUUAUGACAUGAGUAUUCUUUACCACCCAGGUAAGGCUAACGUCGUAGCUGAUUCUUUAAGCAGGUUGUCUAUGGGUAGCACCGCCCAUAUUGAAGAAGGAAGGAGAGAGUUAGCAAAAGAUGUGCACAGACUGGCAUGCCUGGGAGUCAGAUUUACAGAUUCCGCAAAAGGAGGAAUAGCGGUGGCGAAUAGGGCCGAGUCAUCAUUAGUGUUAGAAGCAAAUGUUCAGAAGCAAAGAGUAUUAACUUUUGAACAAGGGGGAGAUGGUGCAUUGAGAUAUCAAGGUAGAUUGUGUGUACCCAUGGUAGAUGGACUCCAAGAGAAGAUUAUGGAGGAAGCUCAUAGCUCCAGAUAUUCCGUUCAUCCAGGUUCCACCAAGAUGUAUCGCGAUUUGCGAGAAGUUUAUUGGUGGAAUGGCAUGAAGAAGGGCAUUGCUGAGUUUGUUGCUAAGUGUCCAAAUUGCCAACAAGUGAAAGUUGAACACCAAAGGCCCGGUGGUUUAGCUCAGAGGAUAGAACUUCCAGAGUGGAAGUGGGAGAUGAUCAAUAUGGAUUUCAUCACAGGGUUGCCAAGGUCUCGCAGACAACAUGAUUCUAUUUGGGUGAUUGUCGACAGAAUGACAAAGUCAGCUCAUUUUCUACCGGUAAAGACUACCAAUACAGCAGAAGAUUAUGCCAAGUUGUAUGUUCAAGAGAUAGUGAGACUUCAUGGAGUCCCAAUCUCCAUUAUCUCAGAUAGAGGUGCACAAUUUACUGCACAGUUCUGGAAAUCUUUUCAGAAGGGCUUGGGUUCAAAGGUGAACUUAAGUACUGCCUUUCACCCUCAGACGGAUGGGCAAGCAGAGCGCACUAUUCAGACCUUAGAGGAUAUGUUGAGGGCUUGUGUGAUCGAUUUCAAAGGUAAUUGGGAUGAUCACCUACCUCUAAUUGAAUUUGCUUACAACAACAGUUAUCACUCUAGCAUCCAGAUGGCUCCAUAUGAAGCUCUUUAUGGGAGAAGAUGUAGAUCUCCUAUCGGAUGGUUUGAAGUUGGUGAAGCACAGUUGAUAGGACCAGAUCUAGUUCACCAAGCUAUGGAGAAAGUGAAAGUGAUUCAAGAGAGAUUGAAAACGGCACAGAGUCGUCAGAAAUCCUACACUGAUGUUAGGAGAAGGGCAUUAGAGUUUGAAGUAGACGAUUGGGUAUAUUUGAAGGUUUCACCCAUGAAAGGCGUUAUGAGGUUCGGUAAGAAGGGGAAACUCAGUCCCCGGUAUAUUGGACCUUACCGCAUAACCAAGAGGAUUGGCAAUGUUGCUUAUGAGUUGGAGUUAUCCCAAGAGCUAGCAGCGGUUCAUCCGAUUUUAGAUCGCCAAGUUCGUAGGUUGAGAACGAAAGAUGUGGCGUCAGUCAAGGUCCUUUGGAGGAACCAAUUUGUUGAGGAAGCCACUUGGGAAGACGAAGAGGACAUGAAGAAGAGAUAUCCGCAUCUUUUUGAAUCCGGAGGAAUGCGGAUUAAGGUAUUAAUUUCCUUCUUAAAAAGAGUUAGGGUUCUUGAGAUUGAAGAAGGAGAGAAGAAGAAGAAGAGAAGAAAGAGGAGAUCAACAAGAUCAUUGUGGAUUUUCGUCGGGGGUGAUAUUCAGGUACCCCGAAUCAGCAACCUGCUCGUCGCGGAUCCAGCUGAGCACUCCAGACAAAGGCAGAAGGGACCUGCUACAUCAUCUGCUAGGGCGCCAGCACCCCGAUACAGAGGGGAACUUAAUGGCCGGAAUUCGAAGGACUUCAAGGUUACACCAGCACAGUCUUCAGGUAGUGUGGCACGCGGAGGUAAUUCGUUUCCUGCAUGUGCAAAAUGUGGUAGAGUUCAUCCAGGGAAGUGUCGUCAAGGCCAGACAGGUUGCUUUAGGUGUGGGCAAGAGGGUCACUUCAUGAAGGAGUGCCCUAAGAAUAAGCAAAGUAAUGAAAAUUUGGGCAGCAGGGCCCAAUCUUCCCCAGCUGCUCCCCCAGACAGGAUGGCAUCUAGAGGAGCUACCUCUAGUACGGUGGAGUAG